UCAAUCAUCAUCUGCGUUAAACAAGGCAUCAAUCAUUCAAUAUGGAUAUAAAUCUCUCAAUGUUGAUAUUGUUAAGCUUUACUUUUUUUAUAAUCGGCGCCGUCUUCAUGCUGCUAUUUCAAUACUAUGUAUAUUUGAAAUUCUCACUGUUGCCCGAGGAGACUGCCGAACAGAAGGAUAUAAAUGCCAAAUACACACUGCCGAAGGCUUUACAUCAGACCGCACGUUCUAUCAAUCAAUCGCCUACGGGAGGUCUUUCUCAGGCGGCAGCUACAUUGAAUGCCGCCACCUCAGGCUCUGCUAGCGGCAGUAGUGCAAAGGAUGCGGAUGCAUCGUCAUUGAUGUCAUUGAAUUUCGUCAUGCAGUUCCUAUUUCACGAGUUGAAAAAUUCAAAUCGCGUGCGAAAGUGGUUUUAUCGUAAACUUUCGCUAGAGUUGGAUGAGUUAAUAGCCAAAACAACAACGGGGAAGUUGUUCGACAAAUUAACGAUAAAACAACUUGAGCUGGGUGAUCAAUUUCCGGAGAUAAAAACCUUAAGAGUGCACAAUAUUGAAUUGGAUGAGAGCGGCGAACGAAUUGAGAAUUUGGAUUUAUUAAUGGAAAUUCAUUAUAUGGGCAAUUUCCGGACAUCCAUUGAUGCCGAUAUGGUGCUUGGCAAAAAAGGUUCAUUGACUCUGAAGGUUAAACAACUCUCUGGUUUGGCCCGCUUACAGUUCACACGCAACCCUUAUACCCAUUGGUCCCUAAGCUUUUUGGGCGAUCCUGAAUUGGAUUUGGCCAUAGAGUCACGUUACCAAGGACGGCAGAUGCAAUCGAAUAUUACCAGUCUCAUAUCUAAUCAAAUACGUAAAGCUGUACGGCGUAAGCAUACAUUGCCCAAUUAUAAGCUUCGCUACAAGCCAUUCUUCCACAAAACACCAGAAGAAGAUGUGGGCGAAGGCGACAUCCAACCCAAUGGGGUACUGGAAGUUAAGGUCUCCGAAAUAUCACGUCUCAUGUGCCCCACACACCUGACCGAUAUCUAUUGCACUAUAACGAUGGCUUCGUUGGCCUUUGUCGAGGCUUGGCAACAGGAUGAUCGGCAUGUGAAGGUCUCAUUAGACGUGGAAAUUCAUAAGGCUAAAAAUCAGCAAAUUGGCAUUAUCUUCAAACAAUCCGCUGCUGAUUGUGUGGAAAUCGAGGCGGUGCUUCCGAAUACACCUGCCUGCAAAUCUAAUUUGAAAGUGGGUGAUAUUCUUUUGGCCAUAGAGGGAAAACGUGUCUCCACCAUACAGCAAGUGGCCAAAGUGAUUAAAAGUCUACAGGCCAAUGUGUUUUGUUUACGAAUCGAUCGCGUCAUACCGGGUAUUAUACGCAAUGAUGCCAUAUUGGAGGAUCUGGAUAUCUAUGAGGAUUUGGGUGAUGCUCGUUCGGGUUAUAGUACAGUACCAGUUGCAAAGACACCAGAGCCUGUUGCACCAUCACCGAACCCCAUACGUUCCUUGGCGGUGGCGGAGAAGAGCACAAGCAGCGAAUCCAGCCUUAGUAAUACUCCCACAAAUUCACCCAAAAAGACGAAGCUAAUAGCAAAGGCUCUCAAGAAGACCAUUAGCCGGGAUCACGGAGAUGGUUCCUCAAAGGACGAUGAGGGCAAAGCGAAAUUGUCAAAACUAGCGGCUAAGCAACAGCUAAAUCUACCUAAAGUUCCUUCACGAACAAACUGCGAGAGUCUGUUGGCCAAUUUGUUACCCACCACCAGCAACUCAGCAGCAUCGGGAGUCAACGAUGUCGAACAUUACUAUCAACAUUCCACCGUGGAUUGCAAACUAUCGCAUCUUAUACAUAUGGAAGAUGUUUGUAAUUUCAAAUUGGAUCCCCAUUGUAAAUUUUUAAACAUCUCUGUCUAUGGCAAAAGCCUGGGUGAGAAUCAGCUGCUGGGCUUCACCAACAUUCCAAUUUAUCAGAUACUGGCCGAAUGUUGUGAGACCAGUUUAAGUCAAAGUUUUAAGGCGUACGAAUUGAAUCCUCCCAUGCCGGAAGAUUUGAAAAAUCAUCAUUUAUCCGCUCAGUCCGGAUUUAAUCCCAAUCUAUGCUUUGGAGACAUAUUGUUCGCUUUCACAUGGGAUGGAAAUCCAAAUUUGUCAGCGACAGAAACACCCUCAAAACAUCAAGCGAAACUAAAAUCAAAAUCAAUAACAUCUGUGGAUAAAACCGACGACAGCGGUUACUCGGACAAUAUUUCCAUCAAAUCAACCGACACGAUACCCUCACAGCCUCGAGCGCAUAACUUUGUACGCACACACUUUCAACGAGCCACCCAAUGUGAUUUUUGUGGCAAGAAAAUUUGGCUCAAAGAUGCCAUGCAGUGUCGUGAGUGCUUUAUGUGUUGCCACAAAAAGUGUAUUAACAAGUGUCAGAAUGCCACCGUAUGUGGUCCAGUCGAUUGUUCGUCGGCUUUGCAACAGCAAACACCUUUGGUGCAGACUCCCGAGUUUAUGGUAACAGAGCCCGAUAUCGAUGUGGCAGUGGAACCGGAAUGUGAUGGUUCACCCAAUGCGGCUGACGGAUGUGGUGCCGUUGGCAUCUCAAAGGCUAAUGCGGCAAACAAUAAUGGAACAACUGCCGCUACAACACCUGGUAAUUUGGAGGUACAUCGUUCAAGUUUGACCGGAUUAUUGGCCCAGGGUAUAAAACGUGUAAAUUCGGCCAAUAAUUUGGCCAUACCUGGCAUAGUAUCGACUAUAGCUGGUGUCACGACUAGCAAUACAGUGGCCACAGGAGGCGGUGGUAUGGUAACACCAAGUGCCAUUGCCAAAAGCCUGCCGCCAAGUCCGCAGCAUACGCCUUCAAGGAAAUCUUCAUUAGUCCCUUCAGCUCCCAACACUUUCGAUUUGGUAACUCAUCGCCUGGAAUCGCUACCUGUAGAUGUUCCAAGCUUUACACCUGAACAAGUGGUUUUCAUAACAGAGCACAUUAUUCAGCUUUCCCGAGAUGAAGAUGUCAUGAGCCUGGCCAAAAAUGCCAGUAGGCAAUUAUAUAGCAACGUUAGCGGUAGCGAACGUGUGGAGAAGAUUAAUUUAUUGUUAACCAAACUCCGUCUGGCAUUGGAUAGUGAAACGGCAAUCCAUUCCAAUUUGGCAGCAUCCAUUAAAAAUGGCAACAACGAGAACAUCAACACUACCACAACUCCAUCGGGAGAUGGCAUCAACACUCAACAUCAACACAAUAACAAAUCAAAUAUUUUAGGGAAAUCGGAGGAACGCAUACAGGCGCUUAGUGUUAUAAUGCUGUAUCUGUGCACAGGACUGCAACAUGCCCAGGGGGUGGCUAUGCAAUAAAAUAACGAAUGACAUAGCAUUACAGGAUUAAUAUUUCAUUAUAAAAAACAAACUCAUACUUAUACACAAAGACAUUGGAAUAGAUGGGACGAAGGGAGAGAUUUAUUGAAAAACAAAAACACAACUAUACACAAAUAAGGCUGAAAUCAUUUCAAAACAAAAAAAAACAACAAAUUAAACAAAAAUCAAUACUAAAUUUUAUGGAAUUUUGAAGUAGUCAAAUUAAAAGUAUUAGAAAAGUAGUAUAUAAGAUAAUCUCCCUCCUUUAAAUGAACAAAAAAAAAACAAAGAAAACUUUCUGCUAAAAUUGAACUCCUGGGGGAUAAAUGUUUAACUGACAGAUAAAAAUUAUACCCUAUGAUACUUAUUUCCGUAGUAUUUCUAUAUAUAAAUGUAUGUAUAUAUACAUACAUAUAUACUCAUAAACGUAUGUGAGAGUAGUUAUGGAUUAAUAUCUAAAAUAAUUUUGAUGUAUAAUAAUUUUGGUUUUCUACAAUAACAAAGGAAUGACUUUUUAAUCUAAAGUUAAAAUAAAGAGUAUCUUUAAGAGA